AUGGCCAACUGGACUGAUGCAGCCACAGCAGGUCGUGCCCGGGGACUGGAUUCCCACCGGAGGAAGCGGACCACUUUCAGCAGAGGGCAGCUGCUGGAGCUGCAGCGGGUGUUUGCAGCACUGCCUUAUCCUGACAUCAGCACCCAUGAGCGCCUGGCCCAGGUGACCCGUCUCCCUGAGGGCAAGAUCCAGGUGUGCUCCCAGAACCACUGGGCCAAGAAAAUCAAGAAUAGAAAGCUGGAAGGCCUAAACCCCAGGCCUGAGGUCACCCCUCCCCGCAAGAGCUCCUGUUCUCUCCCUCUUCAGCAGCCCUGCGAGCCCCGCAGACUGGGACAGCCUCAACCCUAACAGCACACCUCAGUGUGUUCACACUCCUCCUGUCCAGCUCCUAGCCUGGGUCCAGGGCAGGGCUGGGCAGGGGCUAAAGCUGCAGCCCCAUGGGGACUGGCUGGGGCUUCAGAGGCCCACCCUUCUUUGAAGGAAACUACUCCCCAGACCUCACUGGGCACUGACCUCAUCUAUGCCUCGGCCGUCAUCACCAACCUGGACCACUCCUAA